GUGAAGCCAACGGUCUCGGAUUUGCGCUCUCCCUUCCCAACAGCCUGUGAAGCAUGGGGAGCUGCAUGUGUAUGGAGGUGGCCGUGUGCCCUGAACCUGAGAUGCAGCUCACUUUUCAAGACGGGGACGCUUCAUCGAAGCCCCUUGAGAAGGCUGGCGACUCAUGCCACAAUUUUCGGUGCAGACGCGGUGACAAGAAUGCAGCCCUUCCGCACGUCGACGUGGCCGAGCGCAAGCCGGCGAGGCCACCAUCGGUCGCCGUGUUUUGUUUCAACUCGGGCUGGGGUGCUCCAACCCGGCGCCCGGAGGUGGUCACGCCACGGUUUGGCGCUUACCAGCCGGAGCACAAAGAGGCUCCUGGCAUGGCAUCUCCUCUGGGGCUUCCAGAGGAGAUGAUGUGGCCGUUGCGGAAGCAAGGCAGCGCUUCAUCAGUGAGCACCGUGGCCACUGAGGACUGGUGACCGUGAUUGGCAGAGGCCAAUUGCGUCUGUUUAGUCCCCGCCGCCCGUGCGGGCGCGUAGAUGAAGUCCGGGGCCGGGCGCGAACGGUGGCAUCCUUCUUGAUG